UAGAAAUCAAAUUUGCACACCCAAGCCUAGUUGAAGCCGUGUAGGUGCGUCUAACAGCCAACCAUUCUGUAAGGUUUUUAGAAGACGUACUUAACCCGCCGGCGACACCGUUGUUUUUCCCCUGCAUUCAAACCCUAAAUCUGAAACCGUAACCUCUAUCGCAGUUUUGGUCAAUUAAGAAACCAGUGUUCGAUUUUGAUUCCAGUUUCCCUCUGAACAGAUCGUUGUUCAUCGUGUCACGCAAAUAAUCGAAGAUGGUUUUGGCGGAGUUAGGGGGGAGCAUUUCACGUGCUCUCCAGCAGAUGAGCAAUGCCACGAUCAUCGACGAGAAGGUCCUUAAUGAUUGCUUAAACGAGAUCACGCGCGCUCUUCUUCAAUCCGAUGUUCAGUUCAAGCUCGUUCGUGAUAUGCAAGCCAAUAUUAAGAAGAUCGUCAAUCUCGAUGAUCUCGCUGCAGGUCAUAACAAGCGGAGAAUCAUCCAGCAGGCUAUAUUUACCGAGCUCUGCAAGAUGUUAGAUCCUGGGAAGCCAUCUUUCACACCCAAGAAAAGCAAACCAAGUGUUGUCAUGUUUGUGGGUUUACAAGGGUCUGGGAAAACCACCACAUGUACAAAAUAUGCAUAUUACCACCAAAAGAAGGGCUGGAAACCAGCUUUGGUAUGUGCAGAUACAUUCAGAGCCGGUGCUUUUGAUCAAUUGAAGCAGAAUGCAACAAAAGCUAAGAUUCCAUUUUAUGGAAGUUAUAUGGAGUCAGACCCUGUGAAAAUUGCUGUGGAAGGUGUUGAAAGGUUCAAGAAGGAAAAUUGUGAUCUUAUUAUUGUUGAUACAAGUGGUCGACAUAAACAAGAAGUAGCCCUCUUUGAAGAAAUGCGCCAAGUUUCUGAAGCAACGAAACCGGAUCUUGUUAUCUUUGUGAUGGAUAGCAGUAUUGGUCAAGCUGCAUUUGACCAAGCUCAAGCGUUUAAGCAAAGUGUUGCUGUUGGAGCUGUAAUUGUUACUAAAAUGGAUGGUCAUGCAAAGGGAGGUGGAGCUCUUAGUGCAGUUGCAGCGACAAAAAGUCCGGUCAUAUUUAUUGGGACUGGUGAACAUAUGGAUGAAUUUGAAACUUUUGAUGUUAAACCGUUUGUCAGCCGUCUUCUAGGCAUGGGCGACUUGUCUGGAUUCAUGGACAAAAUUCAAGAGGUUGUUCCUAUGGAUCAGCAGCCUGAGCUUCUGCAAAAACUCUCAGAAGGGAAUUUUACAAUGAGGAUUAUGUAUGAGCAGUUUCAGAACUUGCUCAAAAUGGGUCCCAUCAACCAGGUUUUCUCAAUGCUUCCAGGAUUCAGUUCCGAAUUAAUGCCAAAAGGGCGUGAAAAGGAAAGCCAAGCAAAGAUCAAACGAUACAUGACAAUGAUGGAUUCAAUGACUAACGAAGAGUUAGAUAGCACAAACCCAAAACUGAUGAACGAUUCAAGGAUGAUGCGAAUAGCAAGAGGCGCGGGUCGUCAGUUGAGAGAAGUGGUUGAAAUGUUUGAAGAAUAUAAAAGACUAGCAAAAAUAUGGAGCAAAAUGAAAGGGCUUAAAAUCCCUAAAAAGGGAGAUAUGAGUGCCUUAUCAAGAAACAUGAAUGCACAACACAUGAGUAAGGUGCUUCCACCACAGAUGUUGAAGCAAAUUGGUGGCAUGGGUGGCUUACAAAAUCUGAUGAAACAAAUGGGUUCUAGCAAAGACAUGAUGGGUAUGUUUGGUGGUGCUGAUAAGUAGUAGUAAUCCCAUGACAUCAACUUGGUUAAAAUGCAACAGAAAUGUUUUGCUUAAUUAUACAUUUGGCUAGAAUUUUUGAAACUAGUUAUGUGGUUAUUACACAGAUUGUAAAAGACUAUUUGAAUGUGCUUAUGUAGAUUGUACAUGAUUUUGACA